AUUACUGCCAUGCGUUUCUCAUCGCUGAUUCUUCACCAUUUCUGCGUGCCUACCAAACCGACGGUGAUAACUACCUCGACUUCUUCGUAAACUGUGUUCCGCGAUUCACCCAAACCGUAUAAUUAAUUACCUGAAGUAAAUUAUCGCUGUUCCGUAUUUCCUGUGUUUCGGUGUUCUGCAACGCCGGUUACUCCUCUGUUCUUGCAUUCCCAUGGCCAGGCCAAAAGCUCAAAGACGAACCCUUGAUUCGUACACUGUCAAACACAUAAACAAAACCAUUAAGGCUGGCGACUGCGUGCUUAUGCGGCCGUCCGACCCGUCCAAUCCUUCGUAUGUGGCUAGGAUUGAGCGGAUCGAAGCCGACUCGCGUGGUGCCAACGUUAAGGUCCACGUUAGGUGGUAUUACCGGCCAGAGGAGUCAAUCGGCGGCCGGAGGCAGUUCCACGGUUCGAAGGAGGUUUUCCUUUCUGAUCAUUUUGAUGUUCAGAGCGCCGAUACGAUCGAAGGCAAGUGUGCAGUUCACAGUUUCAAGAGCUACACGAAACUUGAGGCUGUUGGAAACGAGGAUUUCUUCUGUCGCUUCGAAUACAAUUCCGCAACCGGUGCUUUCAAUCCUGAUAGAGUGGCUGUGUACUGCAAAUGUGAGAUGCCCUACAACCCUGAUGACCUGAUGGUCCAGUGUGAGAGUUGCAGUGAUUGGCAUCUGUAUUCUUUGCGUAAGACUCUUCUUCUUAAAGCUCACUCUGCCUGCCUGCCUGCAUGUAUGGAAACACCAGCACUGAGCAAUGUUUCAUCCUGUCUGUAUAGAUAUGACUGUGGAGGAAGCCAAAGGACUUGACCACUUCUUUUGUGAAAGCUGUUCUGUGGAAGGUCAACAGAAUGCACAAAAUUCUCAUACUUAAACACACUCUUAUACAAAGGUGAAUGCAAAACGUCAUCAAAGAUGAUAGCAAGUAUAUAGGCUUAAAAUGUAGACCUACGAGGGUGUUACUGGACACCUUGCUUAUCUAAUCCGGGGUAGGGGUACAAAACGAACGUAGAGGCAAUCUUGUUUAAGGUAAACAGUUGUCUUCCUCCUCGUGUGGUAAAAGACUGAUACGGAAAUGUUUGUUUAAGUCCGUUUGGUUUGAGUGAUCAUCCUGUUUCGUGUGAAAGUCUAGGAUGUUUGCUUGUGUUAUUAUGUAAGUAGAUUCUCUAUCUCCUGUCCCAGUCCUUGCUCUUCACUCGGACUUUGUAAAGUAACUUGGCCUACUUAUGAGCUUAAGCAGACAGCCUUUUCAUAUAGAAGAUACUGAGUAACAAAAACAUAAA